AUGUCUUCACCACCUCCCAAUAGUACACAUAGCUGGUACACGCUACGUUCUGACGAGACAGACGCAUGGAUUCAGCAGGGUAUCGAAUACCAUGAAAAGGGAGCAAUACAGCAAGCUACGCUUGAAUUUCAACGAGCUGCUAAUGCCAGUUCACCGAUCGGACUGUUUCUCUAUGGCCUAUCACUGCGCCAUGGCUGGGGCUGUAAACGUAGUGAGCGGACAGCAUUUAGAUACUUACAAAAAUCAGCCGAGCAUGCUAUUUUUGACCUUCAGAAAUUUGUAUCGGGUCGCGGUAACAAGUUCAUUGCCAACCGCGAAUUGGUGAUGGCUAUUUAUGAGCUAGGACAAGCAUACUGUCAUGGGUGGGGCUGUCACAAAGACAAAAAGACUGCUGCAUACUACUUCAAAAUCGCUGCUGACUUGGGCGAUGCAGACGCACAAAAUGAAGUGGCGAGAUGCUAUCAUCACGGACAAGGUUUCAAAAAGGACAUGAAGCUCGCAGCCAAAUACUAUCGCAAAGCUGAUCAACAGGGCCAUGGUAUGGUGGGAAACUCAUGGAUUUAUAAAGAAAAAUACGGCGCUCCUGUACAAGCAGGAUCGUCAUCAUCGUGA